CUUAUCACUCACACCAAAACAUUUUUGUUCAUGCAUAGUCAUACUCUUUCUCGCCAAAACUAAAUCUCUAUUCUUACGCCAAUUUUCCUCUAUUGAUGCAAAUUGAUAACCAUUCACGCCAAUACUAUCUCAUUCACGUAAUAUAUUAUUAUCACUACAAGAAAAUAGAGGUUUUAUGACGAUUACUUUGUGUCGAUUCACUUAACCGACACAUUUAUAGUUUUAUGUUCCUUUUUAUGUCGAUUAAUUGACCGACUCAAUUUUCCUUGAUUUUGCGUCGGUUUAUGUUCAACAAAAUUUAUAAUUUGGAAUUUGUCUCAAAAUUGGAAAAUUCAGUCCGGGGUUCAAUUUUCACUCUUCCUCCGCAAACCCUCCCAAAAUUGAGAGCUAUUUUUCUUUUUCCCACUUUCCCGUCCAAUAAUUCUUCUCUCCACUCAAUAGUCAAUCCCCUAAAAAUUUGAGAUCUCUUUUCUCCUUCUCUCUCCCGCUCAAUAGCCUGGCACCUGUUUGCAAUUUUGGCGAGAAACCCAAAAUUUCAGAAGGUCCCCUCCUUUUCUUUUAAUGAUUAUUAUCUUCCCCUUCUUUCACUUAAUUAAUGUGAAAUUAUAACUAACACUUUAUUAAAAUAAUUAUACAAUAAUUAAUAAAAUAGUUGUUGUAAAAUCAUAUUAAUGAACUGCGGUUUCAAAUGUCAACUUUUGGUUUAUCUUCAUCGAAUUUCUUUUCUUAUUGAUCACCAAAAUUUUACUAAGUGUUGUAAAAUAAUGAUCAUGUAGUGUUGAAGUUGCAAUAAAUGUAGAAGCAUAGAAAACAAGUAGACAAAUUAAGUGAAUUUCACUAACAAAUGAUUGUUGUAACUAAUGGUUAAUUUAGUUACUAGCCCAUAAACAGUUAUAUAUAUAUAUAACGUUAUUUUGAAAAACUAUGUAUUGUAUAAUUUAAUAAUUAUUCAAGUGGAUUAUGUGAAGUUCGAGUUGAGUCGUUCGGGUUACGGGUUAAUCGGGUUCGGGUCAAUCGGGUUCGGGUCUAAUUGGGUUGCGGGUCAAUCGGGUUCGAGUUAAUCGGGUUGCGGGUCAGUCGGGUUGCGGGUUAAUCGGGUUGCGGGUCGGGCGGGAUACGGGUUAUUGACUUUUAGUCAAUUCGGGUUGCGGGCGGGUUGCGGGUCGGGUUGAUCGGGCGGGUUAAUCGGGUCGGGUUCUGUUUUGACACAUAUACUUGUAACAUCCCUUCAGAUAUAGCUUUCCGAAGGAGUGCCGCAUACCCCUCUGCACAGAUCACAAACAGGAGCGGGGAGAGCAGAACACCUUGUCGUAGACCCCUUGAGGAAGUGAAAAACCCACCGGGGUACCAUUCAUCAAGACCGAGAAUGACGCCAACCGGAGGCAUUCAUGUAUCCAGCAUGUCCAGGUUGAAUUGAAACCCAUCUUAUCCAAAACCGCGAGGAGAAAUGGUCAUUCGACUCUGACAUAGGCCUUUUCCAUGUCAACCUUCAAAGCCAUGUACCAUUUCUUCCCUCACGUUUUGAUUUUCAAAUAAUGCAUUAACUCAUGUCCUAGGAGGAUAUUUUUCACAAUUUGUCGUUCCUUUAUGAAAGCAUUUUGACCAUUAGAAAUGAUUUGUGGUAAGAUGCACUCCAGUCUUUCCAACAUAAUUUUAGUUAUAAUUUUAUAAACAAACUGGCACAAGCUUAUUGGUCGGAGUUGUCUCAUGUUUUCUACAUUGUCCACUUUUCGGAUCAGAGUUAGCCAGGUAGGGCUGAAAUUUGCCUAUCCCAUCCCUAACCCUAGGGGUGAACAAACACACCCGCAAACCGACCCACCCGUCCAACCCGACCCAACCCACCCGUAUUUGUCGCUAAAUCGAAGGUUUUGGGUUGGGUGAGGGUUUUCUUUUGUACAACCCGCCUCAUUUGGGUUGGGUUUGGAUUUUAGAUUACACAACCCGUAGAACCCGACCCAACCCGUGUUCCAAUUAUUGGUAUGAGUUCGUAUCCAAAAAAAUAUUUAUGUCGUAUAUAGUCAUACUUAUGAGAAAAUUAAGAUAUUUCGCCAUGUUUUUCUAUUAAAGUCUCACUAAUCUAAUGCAUUCUUCGACUUAAAGUUUAGACAUAUAUUUAAUAUAGCUAUGAUUCACGUAUUUUUUUUUUCUUGUGUACAAUUUUAAAAGAAUAUCAUAUUAUGGAUGCGUUCAUUUGUAACCUUUUUAGCCUAUUUCAACAAAUGGCAUGAAAAAAACUAGACAUAAGUUGAAGUAAAUCAAGUUUUAUUAAAAUUCAAACAAUAUUUGUGAAUUUUGAUACCUUUCACCUCGGUUUAUUCGUUUGAAUUUUUAAUUUUUUAUAAAAUAUUUUUAUGAUGUAGAAUAAUUACAUAUUUUGUGUUGGGUUGGGUUUUUACUUAAAAAUAUCGCCAACCCGACCCAACCCAAUUAGAAACAAAUCGUAGGGUUUAGAUUUUUUUGGGUGGGUUUGGGUUUAAUAUUUCCCAAACCGUAGUGCAUGGGUCGGGUGAUUAAAAUGCCUAAACCCGGACCACCCGACCCAUGUACACCCCUACCUAACCCUGUCUGACCCGUUCCUGAAGGGUCAAGAUCUAUAACUGACUCGUCCCAUCCCUGUCUCCUUAUUGACCCUGUCUGACCCUCAAGGGUUGGGACAAGUCGGGACGAGUCAGUGGGUCGACCCUAAUCAACAGACUAUUUUUUUACAAAUUAUGUUUUGGUACCCAAAAUUAUUUUUUCUUACAAUAGUACCUAAAAUUUAUUUUUUUACAAAUAAGUCCAUAAAUUUUGAUAGUAAAAUUACAUUUUGGUACUCAAAUUUUUUUAUUUUUACAAGUUAGUACCUAAACUUUUAAAACUUUACAAAAAGGUCCAAUCUGGUGUGAGAUAUUUGUUGUUGCCAAGGGGCGUGACCCGUCCCUAAGUUGUCUCUACCAGUCCCGAGUCUCCCGACCCUUACAGGGUCAACAAAUGACCCGUCCCUAAUCUGACCCUGUAGACAAACUUUCACGUCCUGACCCUUAAGGACGGGACGGGUCGGGACCGGUCAGUGGGUCUUCCAGGUCAACCUUUCACCUCUAUAACCAGGUGUGAUUAAAGCUUUUAAGCAUUCUGCUGGUGGUAAAAAAGGAUGAUACAACAUUAACCACAGACUCGCCAACAAUGUCCCAAAAAGCGUUGAAGAAUUUACCAGUGAAACCUUUUGACCACUUGCGUGGAUCCCAUGGUGAAAACGGUUCGCCGAACUUCACAACGAAGGACUGCCCUUGUAAUGUCAUCAUUCAUUUCAACAGUCACACUGUGGGCUAUGGGGAGAUUAGCCACACGAUCGACCAUGUUAAGCACCUGGUUCUCGGAGGUGAAGAGGGUUUGGUAGAAAUUAGUAGCUAUAUCUGUCUUUCCUCUCUCCUCGGUAACCCAAUCCCCAUUAUCCUCCCGAAGACCAGCUACAAAAUUUUUAUUUUCUGCGAGCACAAGUGACCGUAUGAAAGAAGCAUGUGCUCUUCCCCCCCUUCUUUAGCCAUGUGACCCGAGAUUUUUUUUUGCCAGUACAUUCCUCCGCUUCCCACUGCUUAUUUAGUUCAAUCUCAAUAUCUUUCACCUCAUCCUAGUUACUAAGGUGAAUUGAUUUGAUCCAGUCUCGACUAGAUCACAUCAUUUUCCAAUCCCAAUAAAUAAUAUUUUAGUUUGUCUAUUUAAUAUAUUUUUGAAACCCUUUUAAUUCCCAACAAAAAAUAAUUCAGUUUGCCAAAACCCUUUUAGGGUUAGAGUUUGCCAGUACACUUCCUUCCCUUCAAACCCGCUCGUGCUUAGGGUUAGAGUUUGGAUUUUCUUCAACAAUGGGAGAUAUUGGUAGUGCUUGCGCAAUCAAUCUCCCUUCCAAUGCCUCAAGUCACGCACUGUUAGCCACCAUUCGAGCAUUACUAAUGGUUUGGGCUUGAAGUAAUGCUUGAAUUUGUGUUGUUAAGUUCCUAAUCUCGUCUUCCAGGCUUGCGGCACAAGAAACCACAAGCUUCUUCCCAGAUUCUCAAGAAACUUCCAAGAAUGUCACGAUACAUCCAAGAUCUUUAAGACACGUCGAAGAACCUUCCAGAUGUUGGAAUUUUAAUGGUGUGAAUAGUAAUGAAAGGGGAAGGAGUCUACAUAACCUCUUGCAAUACCAUAUUGGUUAUAUGGAGGCCUUGGAUUGGUCGAUUGACUUGAUUAAAUCUUUUGGUAAUUGGUAAAAUUGGUUUGUGUAACCAACUAGACCAAACUAAUUUGAAUCGAACCGAUUUGGCAGUUAGAGUGAACUAACAUGUCAAACUACCAUGGGCCUAACCGAUGCAGUGGUUCAUAAUUUUAAAACGAACCAAUGUGUCUGUUGGGGUGUAACCACCCACCCGAAGGGUAAUAUCCCUUCACUCACACAUCUUCAUUUUCUAUAAAUAACACCAACCCACUUUGUUUUCAUUUGAAAAAUUUUCCCAAGAGAUUCUCAAAGAAAGAAAAUAGUUUUUCUUCUUCAUUUCGUUCUUCCUCUCUACAAACACAUAAAAGAAAACGGAGUCGUGUGACUUCUCGCCGUUCGUUGAGUUUGUCUAUUUCUGGGGUUUCAAGUGCCAGUACGCCAAAAAAGCUAUGUUUGUUCUAUCCUGGGAGGAAUAGUUCCAUUAACAUUGUGUACCGUAGAUAUGAACUAAAUUUGUGAAGGAGUACUGAAAUCUAUUAGCUCGGGAGUUGUUUAUGCAUGUUUGACGAGUCUUGAUUUCUUUAUGUGACUUGUGUUGUAAGAAUCAUGGCAUACGUGAACAUAUCCAUAACACAAGACACGUCCAAGAUCUUCAAGAACACGUCCAAGAACCUUCCUUUUGUCGCUGAGUUUGAACCGGUGUCUGAUACCACUUGAUAUGACCAAAGUACACAGCUAAUUCAAUCUCUUGAUAUUUCCACUAUCUUCUUCAACUCGAACUAAAAUAAAAGAUAAGGUGGAAC